GAAGUGCAUCGUCAGUUCCUUUUCAUGAGCCCCAUGACACGGGAGUUGAAGUCCGUCACUUGCAUUUUUAUCAUGACAUCUCGGCUAAUCGAGCUGAUGCAUACGAGACAGGACAGUGAAUAAAAGGGCAUUUCAUUCUGCCUCUAUAAUUCUCCUUUGACUGAAACAUUUGAUGUUGUCUUAUCUUUAGCUUAGACAAUGGAUGGAUCGCCCGGACUAACGCACAUGACCAGGGUCUUCCGGCAUUCGGUACUUGGUCAACUAACUUCAAUCGCUCCCUCGAUACAAUAUCAUGAUCCUUAUCAAAAUACUGGGAGCAUCAUGGCUGCAGAUACCAGUGACUUUUUGCAAUUGAUGCAAGCCAUCAGAUUGGCUGCUAACAAGAACAGCUCCAAGCUCGUCCGUGCUUGGUUCUAUGUGCCACUCGGCAUUACAAUAAUACUCGCUGUUAACUUCGGAGUUGAUUCAAUAUUCUACAAAUUCAACGUCUCCUUUCCUGCUUCUGUUACUUGUAUGAUGUUACUCUUCUUUGCUCUCAUCGCAAGUGAGUCAUUAUUGGGUACCCACAAGACAAGAAAGCUGGUUAAUAUCAUUGACGUGCCUGUAAGUCUUGGCUAAGUAUUUCAAUAACGAGGUUGUCAUGUCUGAUCUUUCUAGGCUGGCUGGUCACUUCGGUGGAUGGGCAUCUUCUUUACGCCGUCUUUCGUUCUGUUGCCUCUCAGUCCACCUAUUGGGAUUAUUGAAGUCAUGAUCAUUAUUGCAAUCUUUGUCAUUGGCUUCUUUAUCAUGAUGGCUAUGGCAGCUUGGAUCACCCGCAGUCUCCAACUUGCUUGUGGUGUCUCGAGGCGUUCAAGGUCCCAACGCGCUGAGGAACUCGGCCGUCAAACACCAGAUCUCUCAACGGGAGAUCUCAAUUCUCCCGGCAUAUCACGUCGCACGAGCGCAUCUCGAGCUGGCUCUCAAAUACCGCUUAUGUCUCUAUCCGCGCCGAACUCGGAGCCAACGUCAGCGGCGCCUUCACGACCACAGACUCCACCUCAAUUACGGCUUCAAGAGCAUCACUAUGCAAAUGGUCAAGCCCCAGUGAAUGCCGUUGAAGCUCUCAAUCCGACGACUGUUCUUACACAAAUUCCUCUGCCACCGCCAAAGGCUGAGUUGUGGGCGGCCCGUAUAUCUGCAAAUCUCGAUGUGGCCAUAUUCGUAGGAUUGUUUGCCUUUAUUGGCAUUCCUCUCUAUUACUCGACCGGUUAUGCUAUGCCACUUCACCUUGCUGUAAAUGUCCUCGCCUGGUUCGGGGCACUGUCAGUUACACCCAAAUGGAAAGAAUAUCUCCAUCCAGUGUUGGUGUCGUCUCUUGCAACAGUCCUCGUCAUAUGGGCGCUUGCGGAAAUUCGCGGUGAUAGCUUGACUACAACACUUCACGCUUACCGCACAGGCGCAAAGUAUAUACAGCUAUGGCGCAACGCAACGUCGAAGCAAGAUCUUCUCCCCGGCGCCGGUGACGUUUUCGGCACCCUUCUCGACGCCAGCAUUGUAGCUCUCGCCUUGCCCAUGUUUCAAUACCGACGAGAGCUUCGCACUCAUUUCAUCUCCAUUGUCAUACCCAACGUUGCAAUCAGUGUUGGUUCGCUGCUCGCAUACCCGCCCUUGUGCUACGCCUGCGGCAUCUCGGCAGCCCGCAGCCUCGCUUUUGCAUCGCGCAGCCUGACGCUGGCGCUCGCCGUCCCCGCGACUGUGAACCUAGGAGGAGAUGUUAAUACUGCUGCUGCAUUGGCCAUCAUCAGUGGCAUUUUGGGCGCUGUGCUCGGGGCGCGCAUAUUGCGCUGGCUGCGAGUCCCCGAUGAUGACUACGUGACCCGCGGAGUGACACUAGGUGUUAACUCGAGCGCCAUCGCGACUUCAGUCUUGUUGCGAACGGACCCUCGAGCUGCAGCCUUGUCGAGUUUGUCUAUGAGCCUGUUUGGAACCAUCACUGUCUUGUUUACUUCAAUACCGCCUGCGGCGGCAUUUGUACGAGGGCUUGUAGGCCUGUGAUCGGUCGACAGGAACUAAAUCUGUCGAGGCAUCUUGCUAAUCAUAGUCAGCAUGUAGAGAAAAAGCUAAACACUUGAGCCAUAUAGAAUAAUAAGCAACAUUUAUUUGAGAUAGUUUAGUGCCGAGUAUUAUACAGACCCGGUAUCUAGGAUCACAUCAAGAUAAGCACAAAGACUAUUCAAUCUUAAUCCAGCGGGUACAAUCCCUUGG